AAACUGCCAAAUUAAAAUGAAUCAUUUGGCCCAUAAUGGCCGAGGCGCUUAUCGGGGGCGAGCGGACCAGCAGCAGCGCCUUAUCUCCGCGGCGCACGCGGCCCCGGCGCGCCUCGGCCCAUGCUAACGAGGCCUGGGACGUGAGCGGGAUUAGAGCCGCGGCGGAGCGGGCGCGCGGGCGGGGCCCGGCGGGGCGGGCUCGGCGCCGGGCCGGGCCUCAAAAUGGCCACGCGCGUCCCCCCGAAGCGGCAGAACGUGAGCAUCCCGGCCCUUUUCUAGGGGAAAGCAACCUGCGGCAGCCCUCCGGGGUCCCGACCACCACCUCCUCCUGGUCCGCACUCGCCGCGGAGGCCUUCGCUCCUCUUCCCACGGUUCCUUUCGACCGCCCCGGACCACACCGCGGCCUAACUGCUGGUCUCUCAGCGAGAAAGGGGGAAAGCAAAGACCCUCGGCCGCAACCUGGACCUCGGCUCCCGCCCUUCCUGGGCUGCAGAGGAGUGGAGAUCCUAUUCGGAGGGGCCGGUGUCUCUAAAUAUGCCCCAGGAUGACGGAGCGGCCGCCAAGCGAGGGGGCACGCAGUGACCCCCCGCUAGAGGGACGGGACGCGGCCGAGGCCCGCAUGGCCCCCCCGCACCUGGUCCUGCUGAACGGCGUCGCCAAGGAGACGAGCCGCGCGGCCCCGCCGGAGCCCCCAGUCAUCGAGCUGGGCGCGCGCGGCGGCCCGGGGGGCGGCCCCGCCGGUGGGGGCGGUGCCGCGCGAGACUUAAAGGGCCGUGACGCGGCGGCGGCCGAAGUGCGCCAUCGGGUGCCCACCACCGAGCUGUGCAGACCUCCGGGGCCAGCCCCCGCGCCGGCCCCCGCGGAGCUGCCCGGCGACGGCCGCAUGGUGCAGCUGAGCCCGCCCGCGCUGGUCGCCCCCGCCGCCCAGGGCCGCGCGCUGCUCUACAGCCUCAGCCAGCCGCUGGCCUCGCUCGGCAGUGGUUUCUUUGGGGAGCCAGAUGCUUUCCCUAUGUUCACCACCAACAACCGAGUGAAGAGGAGACCUUCCCCUUAUGAGAUGGAGAUUACUGAGGGUCCCCACACCAAAGUUGUGCGGCGCAUCUUCACCAACAGCCGGGAGCGAUGGCGGCAGCAGAAUGUGAAUGGAGCCUUCGCUGAGCUCCGUAAGCUGAUCCCCACGCAUCCUCCUGACAAGAAGCUCAGCAAGAAUGAGAUCCUCCGCCUGGCCAUGAAGUACAUCAACUUCCUGGCCAAGCUGCUCAAUGACCAGGAGGAGGAGGGCACCCAGCGGGUCAAGCCUGGCAAGGACCCUGUGGUGGGGUCUGGUGCAGUGGGUGGGGGGGGCGGGGGCGGCGCACCUCCAGACGACCUCCUGCAGGAUGUACUCUCCCCCAACUCCAGUUGCGGCAGCUCCCUGGAUGGGGCAGCCAGUCCAGACAGCUACACAGAAGAGCCAGUGCCCAAGCACACGGCCCGCAGCCUCCACCCUGCCAUGCUGCCCACCACUGAUGGAGCCGGCCCUCGGUGAUGGGCCCAGGGCCACUCAGGACCAGCCAGGAGGGUGCCCUGCAGCCUCUGGGACCAUGGGCUUCAGGGCAGGUGGGGUGGGAACUGGGCAGCUCUGCAGCAGGGCAAUGGACUUGACGAGCUUUCCUUGAUGUCUGAACUUUGGGAGGCCCCCACUGGCCCAGGGCUGACUUUCCUGCUUCCUGCCUCAGUAGGAGAACAGAAAAUGGAGCAAAGUGGUAGGUACUUUUUAUGAAGAUGGCACGGUCUUCCUCCUCCCCCAACUCCCUAAGACUUUUCAAGAGGCCUGAGAGGCGCUGCUUUUGGCCCAGAGCUUGGAAGCCUAGUCCUUGCUGAGGCCUGGGAUUGUCAGCUCUCACCUGAGGCAUCCGGCAGCCUCUGCCUUGCCUUUAGCCCCUCCCAAGCUGGCUGGGGUGGCUCUUGUGGCCACUCUGUCCAAAUGUGUAGGUACCCAAAAGCUUCCCAUCUGUGGGUGAGCCCCAUCUUCACCCAGGCCUGUGUUGGUCCACCCAGCUUGCCAGCUGCUGCAGAGAGUCACAAGCCUUGAGGUGCCUUCUUCAGGGCCUGGUUGAAGAAGAUGGCCAGUGGACAGCCUGCUCUCGACUAGCUGGGCCAGAAGGUCAAAAAGCCCAGUAGCCCUUAUUUCUUGCCCUGGGGAUAAAAGCUCUGCUUUCUCCCCAACAAGUCUUGCCUCCCUAAUCCUUGUGGCUUUGGGGACCAAGUCUGCAGCUGUGAGUGUCCCCUGUUGGGCCUUGUGUGAAGGCAGAGAACAGGAAAAUGAUUAGGGUAAAAUUGAGCAAGAGCUGUUUGGGGCAUGUGGGCUUCAAAUGCUGGUGGUGUCUCAGAACUACCUGUGUGUAUUCUCAGCUACACAUGACUGUUCAUGUGGUGAGCAAAUGCCAGGAUGCUGGUGGGCAUAUGUUGGUGCUCAGAGUAUAUGUGCAGCCCCAUCUGUGCUUCUCAUAGAUGCUCAGAAACACUCCCUGCUGCAGGAUGCCUGUUUGCUAAUGGUCAGGUCUUUGUUCUGAACCAAACUGAGCACAAACACUGUCCUGUGAAUUCCUGGCAUUUGGGAGUUUUGCUUGACAUCUGUUAUUGGUGGGAUCUUCAGGUCUUGAUAUGACCCAGGAUCAGCCCCACUUGUAGGGCAUGGGAAAUCCAAUUCAGAGACCAGGCCCUGGCUGAGACUGAAACACAUGCCCAUUCCCUUAGCAGAAUCUUAAACACCCCUUGGUUGUGCAGCUUUCAGUAAUCAAGAGUGUGUAUGGGAGGCUGGCUUAAAGCAACAGGAGCACCUCCUCCAAAAGUUGUACAUGAAGUUUUUGUAAAUCAAAUCCUUUCCCUUCAUCUUUUAAAGGGAUACUACUGCAAAUCCUUUUGUAAAGCAAAGAUCCUUUCGUAGAAUGGACUGCUGCCCCCUGUUAUGGUAGGAUGUGGUUUUCUUAAGGCUAGGCUUGCCUGUAACUGCAUCCCAAGUCCAUGGAACAGACUGCACACAAGUCCAGCUCACCUGUCAGUUUACCCUCAAGUCGACCAGCCAUCCCCCACUAGGCUGUGCUUCUGAGGCCAGAGGAAAAGCAAUUCUAAAUGGCCCUGCUCCUUUCAGAGUGAUGCAGAAAAACCAUUGCUGUGACUUUUGCUAAAGGCCCUCACGCAUUUUGGGUUUCAGCCUGAUGGCUUGCCCUCACGGUGGUGGAGCCUCAAGUACAGCCAUCAGCAGGGAGGGAACAAUCCCCCCGCCAUCUUCCUUUUAAGUUGUGAGGUUCAGUCUAUGACACUGGGGGCAACAUGGUUAACAUUUGUAGCCCUCUGACUCUCUGUCUCAUUCUAGCCUCUCAACAUUAUAUUUUUAUAACACUGGGAUUGAUUCUGUUCCAAUACUUGGAAGCUCCUGGGAAAAAUCCCAUCUCUCUAAAGAUGGAGCAUUUGUCCAAGGUCCUGUACCGCUCUGUUUGCUUCCAGUGGAUUAAUCUGACUUGGGAGUGUAAAGUGGUCCCUAUGCGGAUGGGUAGAUAAGUUAUAGGAGAUGAUCACACAUUCUAUCAGGAACGCAAGCUUCUGGCUCUCUUUCCUCAGACUUGCAGAGAGACCUGGAUGAGUUCUCUCUCUGAAUGUCCAUUUCUCAUAAACACCCUGGCUUGGCCUGUCUCCUAGGGCUGUGGUGUGAACUGAGAGGCAUCAUGAAAGUAGAAGCGUUUGAGAUCAGAAAGAACUCUGUUGCCCUCAAUAAAAUAUAAUUCCCAGUGUGGUUUCCCACCCGAGUCCAGGUCCUGGACAGUGGGCCCAUCUGCCUGACUGUACAGCCUUUGGGUAAUUUAGGUUCUAAGCCACUUUCACCUAAGUUAUCUAGAUAGUACUCAAUUCUCUAGAUGGACUUCAUUUUCAUCUCAUUCCAGGGCAAGGCAUAGGAGUGAGACUAGCAAAGAGAUACGGGACAUGGGCAGAAUAUGUAAAAUGUAAUAAAGCUGCCCCAAGUGGGCCUGGGUAGGCAUGGGCCAUGCUUCAUGUCUUAAGAACUAGAGUAGCUCCAUAAUUUUUAUUUUCAUUUCCGACACCUCCCCUCCUACCACACCCUUCUUUCUCUGCUUUUUCCCACUCAUGAAGAAAUGGCAGCAUUCCAAGAAUAGUACGUGUACAAAAGAGAAAACAUAAAGGUAAAAAACAUGAGAAUAAAGAUGACCAUAAUGACUGGAGGGAAUCACAUCUUUUAAGAAAAAUUCACAUCCUUUUAUUUGUAGUGGCAAAUGAUGAGAUGGUACAACCUUUAUCCUUUUCCGAGAGCCAAGGGCACAGCAUCUGUUGUCAGUCAGCAACUAUCUCGGCCUUUGGGGGAGGCCUAGUCGUACUUGUGAUUUCAAUGGUACGUCGCCCCCUGCCGAAGGCUUGCCCCCUGCCCGUGUACAUAGCGCAUUGUUCCUGUGGGCGGGCCCAGCACUUUCCGUCAAUGUUGUACUGUACGUGAUAAAUUGCGUUGGUCUCUGCAUUUUUCUGCAGAAGAGGAGUAGCCGCUCCAGGUACCUUGACCUUUGUACAGCCCAGAGGCCAACACUGUGGGCGUGUGACUCUUUAGCAACAAAACUCCAUGUGGUGAUGAUGUGUGUGUGUAUAUAUAUAAGGAUCUAUUGGGAAGAUUUCUAAAUAAAAGUUUUACAAAGGGG